CCAACAGCAGUCAAGCAAACGAACUAAAUGACAGUCAACAAGCUGGCUAACCAAGUGUUUGGUCACAGUCGCUUAUUUAGAACAUAACAGUUUACUGGUGGCGGCGGACAGUAAAUAUACGUGCGCGCAUUUCGUAUUUUUCCUUGCUAACCAACUUUCAAACGCGACUGUUUUAACAACAACGAAUACGACCGGCGUACGGUAAAAAAAUAGCAAAAUUCAACAAAAAAAGCAAAUGCGCGUUGCUUCACAAUUCGAGUUCUGAGCGCGGCGACUAAUAAAAACGAGUUAUGAACAUUUCCUUUGCCUAUGGAAGCCUAUUUGUUAUUGUGUUACAAUUUGUUGUGUGAAAAUAUGAGCAAAAAUAUAAGUUAAGUGGCGCGGCAAAAAGGUUAAAUCUAAUAGCGGAAAAUUCUUGUGACGUUGGACGUAUUUUCCAAGCCCCUUUGUAUUGGCAGCGAAGAAAAGAUUACUAAAUUAAAUAAUACAUGGCAAUUUUCUAAAAUGAUUAGCGCGCAAGCAAGAGAAAAAAGAAAAAUAAUAAUAAUAUAUCAAACUAACAGAAGCAAUUAAGUACCUUUAACAAGCAGCACUGCAAUUAAACUCGUGUGAACUCGGCGACGCUUCGCUUCAGCAGCACCACAACGACGGUGCUUUUGGUCACUAACUUUACGUGAGAGUUGACGCGCGGCACGACGGUGGCUUAUUAGAGACCACGAAUUGAGUGGCGCCAUACCAUAAUAAUUAUAAUUAUUUACAAUUACAAGAACUGUAGCUGUGUAACUGUAAAAUAAACGAACGCGUUUAAGCUCAAAAGCUAUUGAAGCUUGCCGCGCUACCAAAUAAAUUGCCAUACCACGACGGCAUUUACAUAUGGACAUAGUUCUCCGUUCAAUUUAUGGCGAGUGCGUGUGCGUCUUUAAUACAACACAUCAGUAGCGCGCGCAUGUAAUUAACACUUUGGUUAUAGAUUUAGCACGCAAGCCGUUUAGACGAUAAAUAUUUUUGGCAGUAACAUCAAUUGUGAAUUUAAAAGAGUGAAAAUCUUAUAAGGCGCUCGGAAAAGUUGGGGCGAAAGGAGUUGAUAAUUGGAGAGGAAAUUUAGUAUUAUAAUCAAUCUACAUACAUACAUACAUGCAAUGAUAACAAAAAUACUAUACGCGAAAUUUUCUUUCCAUCAUUCAUUGCGUCCAUCACAUCCAAGCAACCUCUAUGCGCUUUAGCUUCCCUAAUAUUUUCUGUUAUCGUUGUCUGCUGCCGAGUGCAGCAGUCCUGUGCCCAACAGUCAUUUAAGACGAUUCCGCACGAGUUUUCUAUUCAUUCACAAAUCAACUGUCGUGUGCUAUUGUUGUCUCGGCUGCCGCUUGCAUGUGAAAUUCAAUUUUUAAAGUCACAACUCAUUCAUGAAGCGCGCAGCGCAGCCCGUCGUUACUCGAAGUGAAUGCUGAUUGCUACAAGUGAUUGUGUGAAAAAAUUGUAAUAACAUGAAAUAUGAAAACUAAUACUUAAACAAAAACAACAUGUUGCAAAAUAAUAAAUGAAAUUAUAAAGACGAUUAAUAAAACGCAAAAAUUUAAUAAUAUACGAAUAAUAAAAAAAAGCCAGUCGCAAUUUUUCCUCGUCUAUGUUCACCGCGCGCUGUAAUUAACGGUUGUAAAAUUGAUGAAAUGUGCAUGAGAGAGUAAUAAUAAUGGCAUUACAAUCGGAUUCAAAAGUUACAAAUGUACGAAUACACGGCGACAAAAAGGUUUAGAAAUAUAUGUACGUACUUAGUCGGUCAACACGGUGUGCGCCCGCGCGCUUAGGCGUAUCUAUGUCUGAACAUCCGAUAGCCAUCUACACAUUCGCGCCACGAAAUUACGUAUAAACAAACGCGUAUGCGCCCGCAAAAUAGUUGCGUUUAAUAGUGAUUUGCAAACCAGCGAGCAGUGAGCAGCGACCAACAACGCAUCGCAAAAUCAGGCACUCAAUCACCUAGAACGAGCCAACCAACCAUCCAGCCAAGCUAGGCGAAACGCGCUGUCGAACGGCGGCGUAUACAGCUUGGGAUUGCCCGCGUGUCUGCGAGUGCGACGAAGGCGAUUACAAACGAUUCAAAUUUGAGCAGAUAUCAAUCCACAUGCUGAGCAUAAUUAAUUUGCCGUAUGCCAUUUGUGUCGGGCAGUGAGUACUAGUGUGCCAUAAUCGUAGAACCUCGCCAGAUACCUUGCACAAGCAAGCAUACAUACGAAAGUCGGGUAUACGAAAGUCGAUCGCUGAUCGUGGCUGUUCCUACUGGUAGCGUCUGCUACUGUAUUGCUACAGAUAUAUGUACAUAGCUAUAUAAGUACUUUUAAUAUUUAUUAUGCAUGCAUUUAGCCGUACAUACAUAUGUAUGUGUGUAUGAUUUCCAUAGGAUUGUAGAUAUGCUCACGCGCUUGCUCUGAAUAAUGCCAAUACAUAUACAUACAUAUGUACGUGCGUAGCGAUCGAUGUUGUACAGCAAAAUUCUACAAAUAAGUAUUAUAAGCGACAAAAGGCAUAAAAUUAACAAGAACAACAACCAUCAGCACCAAAAGUAAGCUGCUCCACCUCGCAAUGCUAUCGAGAAUAUUCGCAACAACUGGGAAAUACUAUACGAUUAUGUUGAAUUAUGAAUGAAAUAUGGCUGCCAAUCGCCAGUGAAAUUAUUAAAACUCUCAAAUUUUGGAUAUAUUGCUGUUAAUCAAAUUGAAGAUUCGCCUUCAUCGUAUUGGAGUCUGGAGUGUGUGUAUAACUAUGUACUUGUAAAUUCAUGAAUCAGCUGCUAUAAAAACUGUCUGUCCUUCGGUGGGAUUAAGUGGAUAAAACGCUUUUCAUACGAAAAAGCACUUAGUGCAUCAGAGACUCAUUCACCAUCCACCACUUUGCGCAAAAAAAGGAGUGUACAUAAGUAAGCCGUAAUGAGGUUAUAAAACAGCAACAACCAAAAUUCAACCCACUGAAAUGAAAAGACGCUCCAAAGUUUCGCUAUAAAUCGUAUAAUUCUGGUAAAAUACAAAAAGGAAUAGAAAACAGUGCAAAGCCAUCCGAUGAGAAAAACCCUUGCAAUGAACACGAAAGGGCGAAGCUGGCAAAAGCCGCAACGACGGCAACCAAACCAACGACAGCAUGUAAAUAAAACAACAACAGCAGCACAAACCACAACAGCAACAACAACACCAACACUGUUGACAAUGGACAACGAAUUCGUGCGCGCAAUGACAGUUGUUGCAUACAAUGAUGCUGUUGGUGCUGCUGCUGCUUCAGUUGUUGCAGAUGAUGGCAAGAAGUUUGACUGUUGUUGCGCAAGUGAGGAGCUCUGCUCCAGACACUGGCAACGACAACAUCAACGGCAGCGACUAUGUCCCUCGCAACUGCAACUGCAACAGCAAAAGCAAAACCAACUAGAGAAACAACAACUAUGUGAGCAACGUGGUAAACGACAUCUGCGACCAUGGCCAGGACAACGGCCAAAGUUCAGCUCAUGGCUACUGACAACAGUGCUCAUCGUUGCCAUUUGCCUGGUGCAGGGGGCAGUGGCGGACAAUUUGUCUGGCAAUUUACAAUCAUGCUCCAAUGAAGGUGAAGAAGUUCACAUCGAAAAAAUAAUAAAAUGGAGCUCAAAGUGCUUUAAAUGCGUCUGCAAGAAUGGUUUUGUUAACUGUGACAAGGAAAGCUGCCCAUCCAUCGAUGACUGCUAUUUGUUGGAUCCCAAAACCCCAGACACAUGUUGUACGAAAUGUAAAGGUUGUAUUUUCCGCGGCAUACCGUACCCAAGCGGUUCUGAAUGGGCCGAUCCCGAAGAUCCCUGUAAAACAUACAAAUGCGUUGCCAGUGUAGUCACCGAAACCACAAUGAAAUGCUUCAAUCAAUGUGAUGACGAACUCGUUAUACCGCCAAAACAGGGCGAAUGCUGUCCCACAUGCCAAGGUUGUAAGAUUAAUGGACAAGUUGUAGCCGAGGGUCAGGAGGUAGUCGGCUCUAUAGAUGAUCGCUGCAUGGUGUGUCAAUGUUCGAAGAAUAAGCUCACUUGUGCCAAGAAAACGUGCCCAAUACUGCAAUGUCCCAUCUCAAAGCAAACACAAAAUCCCAACGAAUGCUGUCCGCGUUGCACCGAACACCGUGAGUUCAUGCCUGUAAUUGGCAAAUGCAUUUUCAACAACAAGGUCUACUACGACAAGACCCAGUUUAUGCCCGAUCGUUGCACUAACUGCACCUGCAGCAAUGGCACAUCGGUCUGUCAGCGUAACACCUGUCCUAUAUUGGAAUGUUCGCCUGAGUAUCAGGAAAUGGAUGGCUGCUGUCCACACUGUAUCACGUCCGAAGUGCGCAACGAAUGCAUACACAGCGGUAUUACCUACAUGAACAACGAAACCUGGAAUUUGGGCCCAUGCCGCUCGUGUCGUUGUACUGCUGGGAAUAUACGUUGCUCCGAGAUGCGUUGCCCGCCAGUGAAAUGUCGCUCGAACGAAGAGAAAAAAACGUUGCCGGGUGAGUGUUGUCCGCGCUGCAUAGAGACCGCUGGUACUUGCACUGUCUUCGGUGAUCCACAUUUCAAAACUUUCGAUGGCAAAUUCUUCAGCUUCCAAGGUUCGUGCAAGUAUCUGUUGGCUGCCGAUUGUCGCGACCACACAUUCUCAAUACGUCUGACAAACGAUGGACGCGGCACGAAACGUUCCUCGUGGGCGAAGACGGUCACGCUGAAGAUGCAUGGUAUGCGAGUUAAUUUAGGGCAAAAACUGCGCGUAAAAGUGAAUGGAAGUCGUGUAUUGCUACCCUAUAAAGGUACACCAGAAAGCUCUAUUGUGAGCAUCGAACGACACGGUGACAGCAUAUUACUCCAAACCGAUUUGGGGUUGAUUCUCGAAUGGGAUGGAAAUAACUUUCUGCAAUUGACUGCACCUGCCUCAUUCAAGCAAAAGCUAUGCGGUCUGUGCGGCAACUUUAACGGCAUUGGACGUGACGAUCUCACUAGCCGCGAUGGCAACAAUCACACGGAUGACGAGGUGUGGCGUUUUGCGAACUCAUGGAAGGUGGGCGGAUCGAAGGCGUGUUCACGGCGUGUGGACAAACUAGCAGCGCGGCCAAAUUGCAAGCAACGUCAAGCGAAUGCGUACUGUCGUUGGCUGCGCGAAUCUGAAGUAUUUGGAAACUGUGAUAAUAGACUAAAUCCCAAUAACUAUUUUGAAGCUUGCAAGAUGGACGUAUGCGAAUGCCCGAACGGCAUGUGUCACUGCGACAGUUUCGCCGCUUAUGCGCACGAAUGCCGGCGGCUGGGCGUGCAGGUGCCGGAUGAAUGGCGCAAGCGUACCAAAUGCCCGGCGGGCAUUUGGCGACGCAAUGUCACCAAAAUGGCACUACCGCCUUGGCAGCACCAUCAACGAGGAGGAGGCGGCGGCGGUGGUGUAGGGCAAGCGCGUCGGCGCAAACAACAGCAAUUGCAAAAGGAAAAUAAUCAAUUGCUAUUGCAACAGCAACAACAAAACUUCAUGUCCAAGCAUGUGCCGAAGAGUCUGCUGGUGCACAAGUCACCGAAUCGAACGCCGCCGCCGCUGCACUGAAGGGGCGUGCGCGACGUCUUACAAAGUACAUACACACAUACAUAUAAACAUUCAAAACUAACGCUACGCUAGGCUAUGAAAAAUAUUUCCAUUUACAAAGAAAUAUUUAAAGUUUUAAAAUAACUCCAAUUAAUUUGUAGCGAAAACAAAGGAAAGCAUAUUGCUUCAGUUACUAGUUUAGGCGUGAAUAUGUUUUUUUGUGUUUUUUUU